AUGUCCAAUACAACGUUGACCGAUCCCGCUCCCGAAUGGCUCGAUAAAGGCGAUCAAGCCUGGCAACUUACAGCUGGUACACUUGUUGCUCUUCAAUCGAUACCAGGCCUCGCAAUGCUCUAUGCAGGUUUCGUCAAGAAACCUCUACCGACACUUUCUCAUCCGUCUUACUGGCAGGUUUUCUACGCCUUCGCCGCAACUCUGAUAUGUUGGGUUAUCUGGGCAUACAAAAUGGCUUUUGGCAAACAGUGGGGCAAGCUCCCUUUGGUUGGUACUCCAGGCCCCGUUUUGACAAUGAAACAAAAUCUGGCCCAAGCAGUCUUACCCGCUGCUGGUCUCUCGCCCAAUUUCAACCUAUCAACGAUGAUAUAUUUUCAAUUCGUUUUUGCCGCUAUCACCGUUAUUAUUCUGGGAGGCUCUCUGUUGGGGAGAAUGAACCUUUUGGCAUGGAUGGUUUUUGUUCCCCUUUGGAUCACUUUAAGUUACACCGUUGGGGCCUUCAGCAUCUGGGGAGGGGGAUUUCUCACUAAUUUGGGCGUUCUCGAUUAUUCGGGUGGAUAUGUCAUUCAUUUGAGCUCCGGCACUGCUGGGUUUACCGCUGCUUUUUGGGUAGGACCACGCUUGCAGCGGGACAAAGAUUCCUUCUACCCGAAUAACGUUUUACUCAUGCUGGUUGGGGCCGGUAUUCUUUGGGUUUGCUGGAAUGGGUUUAAUGGAGGUGAUCCGUACUCUGCGAGCCCCGAUGCUGGCGUUGCUGUUCUCAACACAAAUAUCUGCACCUCCAUGAGCCUCCUUGUCUGGACUAUCCUCGACUGGAUCUUCUUCAAAAAGCCUUCUGUCAUUGGAGCUGUGCAAGGCGAGAUUACUGGUCUUGUUGCGAUCACUCCUGCCGCUGGCUUCGUCACGGGUUGGGGUGCUAUUGUAAUUGGCGCCUGCUCAGGUUCGAUCCCUUGGAUCUCGAUGAACAGCUUUGGGAGAAUGAAAUGGAUGAAGAAGGUGGACGACGUUAUGGGAGUCUUUCAUACCCACCUAGUUGCUGGCUUCCUUGGGGGGUUUCUCACAGGUAUUUUUGCGACAAUUGACGGCUGUGCAGCGUUUGGUAUCACAACUCUCGGUGGCGCAAUUGAUGGUAACGGCAGGCAGGUCUGGGUGCAAAUUGUGGGUGCUUUAUUCAUCAUCGGACUCAACCUAUUUAUGACCACAAUCAUCUGCCUUUUUAUUCAAUACGUCUUGCGAAUCCCUUUGCGCAUGAAUGAGAGGCAGCUACUUGUUGGGGAUGACGCCGUUCAUGGUGAAGAGGCUUAUGCUUUGUUCUUCGAGGGUGAGAGGAGUCACAUCAGUCUUCAGACUACCGCCUUCGGAAGCGAUCAUAUCAUAGAGAGCCAACCAGAAGGUAGCUCUCCUAGAGAUGACUCUACAGGCGUGGUCAAGGAAGGAACGACAGAUUGA